CCGUGUAUAGAAAGACGCCUCUUCCUCAGAUGCGCUCGCCAGCCAGCUCCCACCGCUCACUGCAGCUCGUCCGCUUCCUCACGCCUCCCUGGACGGCUCCAUAUUUUUAAUCCGUCUGGGGAGGGUUGGCCAGCCGGAGUCACGUUGCUGGUGUAACUCUAUCAGCCCGAUCCUGCACCAUUGUUUCUCCAAAGAGCCGGAAGAGCUCUCCUGGCUGCGGAUCCAGCGUGCGGGGCGGUCAGGCGGCUGCCGGCCACUGAGCCCCAUUUCACAGGCGUUAUUCCGCGUCUCAAUUCUGUUCCGUCGUGUGGUGUGUAGAUAAAACAUUUAAACCACCGUGAAACAACUAAUUCGGGACGAUGUGUUAAAAUAUUUUAAAAUACGUUCUCUUUGAUAUGCAGUCCUGCGUGAAGAUUUGACAAGAUGAAUGGGCCCAGACAUUGGAGAAGGUCAUAACUCCAUCCAUCGCUGAUCUGAGGUGCAGAGCGUGGCCAUGAGCGGAAUACUGAAGAGGAAGUUCGAGGAGGUGGAUGGCUCCUCGCCGUGCUCGUCCCUCCGCGAGUCCGAGGAUGACGUCUCCAGCAGCGAGAGCGGCGACAGCAGCGACAGCGCCAACCCCUCGGCUGCCAGCCACUUCGCACCUGCCUCCAUACUGAAGCGAGAGAAGAGGAUGAGGACGAAGAAGGUGCACUUCGAGAAGGUGACUGUGUAUUACUUCAGCCGGCGUCAAGGCUUCACCAGCGUGCCCAGCCAGGGCGGCAGCACCCUGGGCAUGUCCAGCCGGCACUGCGGCGUGCGCCAGUAUACCCUGGGCGAGUUCGCCCUGGAGCAGGAGCGCAACCAUCGCGACAUGCUGCGUGACCACCUGAAGGAGGAGAAGCUGAACACCAUUAAGCUCAAGCUAACAAAAAACGGCACGGUGGACUCCAAGGAGGCCAGCGUGCUCACAGCGGAGGACAUCUCCGACGACGACCUCGACCUAGACAACACAGAGGUGGACGAGUACUUCUUCCUGCAGCCGCUAACCACUAAGAAACGAAGGGCGCUGCUGAGGGCCUCGGGCGUCAAGAGGAUCGAUGUGGAGGAGAAGCACGAGCUGCGGGCCAUCCGCGUCUCCAGGGAGGACUGCGGCUGCGACUGCAGGAUCUUCUGCGACCCUGAGACUUGUGCUUGCAGCAUGGCGGGGAUCAAGUGCCAGGUGGAUCGCAUGUCAUUCCCAUGUGGCUGCAGUAAGGAAGGCUGCAGCAACACGGCAGGCAGGAUAGAGUUCAAUCCCAUCCGGGUCCGGACUCACUUCCUGCACACCAUCAUGAAGCUGGAGCAGGAGAAGAGCAGGGAGCAGCAGCAGACCUCUAUGGCGGAUGGUUACCAUGGCGAUGUCAACGUGCAUGGAAACGCCCUGGUCCAGGGGCAGCACGGCCUGGAGUACACGCUGACCGACGCCGUCCCCCAGGCUGCAAUCAUGCACCUUCAGGCGGCCAACGAGAUGGACGAGGCUGUGGAGGAGGAGGACGAGGAGGAGGAGGAAGAGGAGGACAAUGAGGAGGAGGAAGACGAGGAAGAUGAAGAUGACGGUAGCAGCCUGUGCAGCGGGCUCACCGACUCCAGCACGCACAGCCUUGCCGCAAGUGACUCCGAAGAGGAGGAGAGCGGCAAAGAGAAGCCGGACGAGAGCGUGGAAGAGGUGACUACAGCCCAUGUGUCUCACACUGAAGUGGUAUCGCUCUCCUCCGAGCUACGCUACCCGGAGGAGCCAUCGGUGCAAGACAACCAUAGCAACGGCAGCCCAUACUUCUCAGCCUCCCCGGCUGAAUAUUAUCAGAUGAAGAACUCAAGCAGCAUAACUGACGUUUCUAUGGGUAACCGCUGUAGCGAUUCCUUUGGUGAAGCCCCGCGGUUUCAGGACGGACUCGUGUCUCUGGACUCCUUCUGCGUGGGCCCCGACCCAUACCACGAUUACUCCCAGCAGGCUGAGGGCCAGUACGCCAACCAGUGUUUCUCUGUCAGCAACGGAGCCUCUUCUGUCAUCGUCUGCUGCUCUCCCGACCAGAACGACGACGUCCAACCCGGACGGGGCUCCUGCAGCCCACCAGCAGGCCAUGUCGAGCUCCAGAACUUCUUGAAGGAAAACGGUGAGGAGCUGUACGUCAGGCAAGACGGCUGUUUCGGGGCUGAGCCACAGGAAAUGUCAGAUGGACUUCCGGAGACCCCGGCCCCCUCUGACAGCGUGCAGGUCGCCCCAUCCGUGGAGUGCUUACCCCAAGUCUCCUUUGUCUAAGUCUUUCAGUUAGUCCCAAGAGGUUUGUACGGUUCAUUUUUUAAAUCCAAUUCUUGGCUGAUUGGUUAAUGUUUCAAUGUGAGAAGUGGAUGUAAACAAUGUACAAAGUUAGGGUUUUAAUUACCUGCAAUUACUAUAGGUACAAAAAAAGUAAAUAACCUGCAAAUGAAUUCAUUUUAUGCCAAUGGGUCCAGACUCUAGGUGUAUGGAAUAUAAAAAAUACAAAAAGGGUAAUUCAUGUAAAAUAACGCUGAAGUGCAAAAUUAAAAGCAGAAAAAAAAUGUAGGCUUGUGCAAUGUACUGUAAUUAUCUUGUAAAAGUUCUAGUUUUCAGCCAAUUCUGUGAAGACCUUUUAUACGUCUGUGUCCAUUGCUGAAAAAGGAAAGUAUAUUGUGCAGUUUAUUUAUGGAGUCAAAGUGGAUGUAAAAUAACAUUUUGAUAAUGAAAAGCAUGUUAUUUUUGAGGUGUAAACGUCCUCUCUCUGACCAAUGGAUGAAAGUGGGUCUAAAAUUCUGUAUCAAUGUACUGUAUGGGACGGUAUUUUAAAGUUGUCAUCUGUGCUUUUUAUAGUUUGUAAAAGCAUGUGACUUUUUUGUGGUCCUUUGCUUUUGGUGAAACGUCCAAAGCCACAAAUCUGACCUUAUGGAAGGUAAGGUGUUGAAAAUGUAUUUGCACUUUUUUAAAGACAAUUCUGAGGACAGAUGCCAUGGAAUGACUAAUACUUGAAACAUGAUAUAAAAACGAGUAUUCAGUG